AUGUCUGACGCUAUAGCUUCUAAGGAAGAAGCGUCCAAGGUGUUUGAUAAGCUCAGGAAAGACCCUGCUAAUCAAGUUUGUUUUGACUGCUCCAACAAGAAUCCAACAUGGACAUCAAUACCAUUUGGUAUUUUCUUAUGUUUACAAUGUUCAUCGGUGCACAGGAAUCUAGGUGUUCACGUUUCCUUUGUCAAGUCGUCUAACUUGGAUUCCUGGCAAAGAAUACAGUUGAGGAAUUUCAAAUUUGGAGGAAACCGGCAUGCUAAGGAUUUUUUCCUAAAGAAUGGUGGUUCUCAAUUUGUGAAUAACAUGAACCAAGUAGACGCUUUGGCCAAGUAUACGUCGCCAGUCGCCAACAAGUACAAGGAAAAAUUAAAACAGAAAUCGGCACAAGAUGCCCAAAAGUAUCCUGAUAUUGUUACCUUGGAGGAUUUGAAUGAUGCCGAUUCCAGUAGCGAGUCUCCAAGUGAAAGUACAGACGAUUUUUUUUCAAAUUGGACCAAGCCAGUUGCUCCAACGCCAUCACCCCUUGGCUCGAAAAGCGGUACUCCUAAUGCAUCAACUGAUGAUUUACUGAAAAAGAAACCCGUUGUUAGAACAACAGCGAGCGCAACAAGAUUAAAGAGUAGCACCACUGCGGCCAAAAAAUCAAUAUUAUCCUCUAAAGGUGGUAAUGGUCCUAGAAGAGCAGCCAAGAAGAUCAACAAAGACGAAAUUAUUGAUUUUGAUGAGAUUGAAAGAAAAGCAAAAGAAGAAGAGGAGGAGAAGAAAAAAUUGGGGUACAGUCCCGAAGAGCCUGUGAAAGCUUCAGCAGCUGUUGCUUCAGUAUCACAAGAAAAGAAACAACCAUCAACUUUGGCAUCGAUAAAGAAAGAGAAUCGCGCUGCGCAGCCCGUCCAAGAAACUACUCAGCAAUUUCAAAAGCUAGGCUUUGGUAUGAUACAAGGAGAGAACAAUGUCACCACGGGGCCGGUUAAGCAGUAUAAAGAGGUGAACUAUUCAGGAGAAGUUGCUAAUAAAUAUGGUUCUCAAAAGGGAAUUUCAUCAGACGAAUUUUUUGGGAGAGGACCAAGAUUUGAUGAAAAUGCCAAAAACGAAGCCAAAACUAAGUUACAGGCAUUUAACGGGGCCCAAUCAAUCUCUUCUUCAUCGUACUUUGGAGAAGAGGAACAGCAGCCUACACGUUCAAACACAAAUGGUAUCAGCUUGAGUGAUUUGGAAGCAAGUGCUAGAGAGUUUGCUUCCAGAUUUUCAGGAAAUGCAAAUCAAGAUAUGGAGGUUUUGAAAGAUGCUUUAGAAGAUGGUGCAAAUAAAUUGGGGUCUUAUUUGAGAGAUUUUUUGAGGUAA